AUGCGCCGGAGUAGGAGACAGCGAUUGAACCGAGAUAAAGUACUGGCGGACAGUAGUGACGACCCGGAUGUGCUGCUUAUUCUUAGCAGCGAGGAGGCACGAUCACCAGCACAGAAAGUUAAGGCAUUUGAGAAAGAAAGCUCCUGGAAGUGUUCCAUGUGUACAUUCAUCAACGUAGAUGUCACCAACUCUCAAUGCAAACUGUGUGAAAGCUAUCGUUCAAGUUCUCCACGAAAAGUGCAGAAGCUCUCUCAAUGGCUAUCGCUACCAGGAAACAAAAAAGCGAUCGAGAUCACUACUAAUGAGCAGCCAUCAGAUUCUCGAUUUAAACGUGUAGAAGGAGCAAACAGAAACACGAGUGGAGAAAAUAAUGACGUUGUUGAAUUCACUUCUGUGCCACUACGUGACGGUCGAGCUGCACAUUUCCGAUGUAACGAUAUUGGCGUCAAUAAGAUUGCCGCUCAGACUCAAAAGGGUCUAUGGGCAGAUUUAUAUACUCCGAAGACGGUGGAAGAUUUAUGUGUGAACAGGAAGAAGGUGCAUGAAAUUGCUAAAUGGCUGGAGUGUAAUGCAUCGCCGAUUCCUGGAAGGCUACAAAAGCGGCUGCUUUUCUUGUGUGGUCCGCCGGGAUCUGGCAAAUCAACGGCAGUGCGCUGCAUUGCCCGACAGCUUGGUUUGCAAAUUAAAGAGUGGAAAGACAACUCAGCCGCAGGUUCGCUUGACUAUAAGCGCAAGUUUCGAGAGGAUUCCUGGAUUCCGCAUACAUCUAGCUUAGACGAUUUUUCUGAUUUUAUCUAUCGCUCAACAGCCUUUACAGCACUCCCUGUCGCUACUUCUCGACACGCAUCGACUAUUAGGCACGAGCGCCGGUCGUCUUGCAGUCAACAGGGAGAGUUACCGGGUAGCACAAGACAUAUCGUCAUAGUCGAGACCUGGCCACAAUCAUGGUCUAACGAAAAUUCUUUGUGCGAUGAAAAGCUACGGAAAAUUUAUCAAGCCAUCACAGACCCCACAAGGAUUUGCCAUUAUCCUGUUGUUUGUAUCUACAGCGACGUUCGCGAAGGCAAGAUUGAUCUGGAUCAUUUGAGCCGAAUUUUUUCUACCGCGGUGAUAAAUUCGCCGCAGACGACAAUUAUUCAUGUGAACGCUGUGACGUCUCCGCAGCUGAAGAAACAUUUAAAGUAUGUGGCUGCACAAGAGAAGUGUCGGUUCCACUCAGCAGAUUUCGAUAGUAUUAUCGGCAAAUGCAACGGUGAUAUGCGACAUGCAUUAAACAUGUUGCAGUUAUUGCAACCUGCAAACGUGACAAAGCACGAAUCUAUGCCGACGUCCCCAAUUAAAUCAGUUAAGAAGUUGUCUGUGAAUUCCAAGUCAUCAUCAGUGAUAAGGUCUGGCGCUCGUGAUCUAUUUCUCUCUGAAUUUCACGUGAUUGGAAAAUUGCUUUACGGAAAAACUAUUGAAAACAAUUUUGAAGAACCUACUUUAUUGAAUAGUGAUGCGAAUGACAGAGGCUACGAUCAAAUUUUUGAUGCGUCUACGAUGACCCUCGAUCGAAUUCUUGGACUUGUUCAUGAAAACAGCAUAGCAUUUUUCUCGCAAAUUGAUGGUUUAUCUGAUGCUAUGGAGCUGAUGAGUCUGUGUGAAUCAAUAAUUGCUGAAUCCUACAAAUGCGUUAGCAGCUCUGUGGUCUCAAUACGCUCGCACGAUGUUGCCCGAGCAAUUUUAACGCGAACAGUUGCGAUUACCAACGAGAUUCCUGCACCAAAGGCAUUUCGAUCAAUCACGCGACCGCGAGCUUUUUUAGCCAAGCAGCGUAUUGUGUCGCGUCGUGAGGAGAUGUUCGUUACCACACGAGGUGUAAAUGGUCUUGACUAUGCAUGCACGGGUGACAUAUUUGUCUUCGAAGUAGAACCCUUCCUGACAAUAAUGGAUCGAGAGGGUAGGAGCCUAACUCAGCAGCAUCCAGGUCGGGCUGAACUUUCCAUCAACGAUUUGUCGCCGCAAGAAGUGUACGAUGACAUUGAGAUUAGUGACAGUGAAUGGUAA